UAUUAUAUAUGUUCUUAAUAUGCAGUGGAUGCACCAAUUCAGCAAAUACAUAUGUUGGUCCAUUGAAUUUCCCUUAGUUUGUUGGUCCAUGUUGUGAUGGGAAUCAAUGGCAACUGAGAUCAUUAAGCUAACUUAUGUUGAAUGAUAAAAUCCAAUAUUAUUUGACAUUGAUUCUCAUCACAACUUGGUCCAGUCUACCUUGGAAUCUCAUUCUAGUAUUUUCCUUAUCCUUUCAAUAUCAGAAGUGAGUUAUGAGAAAAGUUGAACCAAACACAAGCAAAUACUACAAAUUUUGACAGUUUUCUACAAUGGGUAAGAAAAAGUCAGAGGAUGCAGGACCAUCUACAAAGACUAAACCAGGAAGCAAAGAUGUUUCUAAGAAGGAAAAAUUUUCUGUCUCUGCCAUGUUGGCAGGCAUGGAUGAAAAAGCUGACAAGCCUAAAAAGGCAUCCUCGAAUAAGGCGAAGCCAAAACCUGCUCCGAAAGCUUCUGCAUACACUGAUGACAUUGAUCUUCCUCCCUCUGAUGAUGAUGAGUCUGAAGAAGAGCUAGAGGAAAAGCAUAGGCCUGAUUUGAAGCCACUUGAGGUGUCUAUUGCUGAAAAAGAGUUGAAAAAGCGUGAAAAGAAAGAUAUUUUAGCUGCCCAUGUGGCUGAACAGGCAAAGAAAGAAGCUCUUCGGGAUGAUCGUGAUGCUUUCACCGUUGUCAUUGGAAGUCGGGCUUCAGUGCUUGAUGGAGACGAUGGUGCUGAUGCUAAUGUCAAAGAUAUAACAAUAGAAAAUUUUUCUGUGUCUGCUCGGGGUAAAGAACUUCUGAAGAAUACUUCUGUAAAGAUAUCUCAUGGAAAACGGUAUGGUUUGAUUGGGCCGAAUGGAAUGGGCAAGUCAACACUAUUGAAGCUUCUUGCUUGGAGGAAGAUACCGGUGCCUAAGAAUAUUGAUGUCCUUCUGGUUGAGCAGGAGGUAGUUGGCGAUGAUAAAACAGCGCUUGAAGCUGUUGUUUCAGCUAAUGUUGAACUUAUUAAAAUUCGACAAGAAGUUUCUUAUCUACAAAAUGCAGCUUCUGGUGAAGAAGGUGUGGAUAAAAAUGAUACUAACGAGGAAGAGGAUGCGGGAGAAAAGCUAGCAGAGCUGUAUGAACAAUUACAACUGAUGGGGUCUGAUGCUGCUGAAUCUCAAGCGUCAAAGAUUUUAGCUGGUCUGGGUUUUACAAAGGACAUGCAGGGCCGUCCUACAAAAUCCUUUAGUGGCGGCUGGAGGAUGAGAAUUUCUUUAGCUCGAGCACUUUUUGUGCAACCCACUCUAUUAUUGCUCGAUGAACCCACUAAUCAUCUUGACUUGCGGGCUGUUCUGUGGUUAGAGGAGUAUUUGUGUCGUUGGAAAAAAACUUUGGUGGUUGUAUCACACGAUAGAGAUUUUCUCAAUACAGUAUGCUCUGAGAUUAUUCAUCUGCAUGAUUUGAAACUUCAUUUCUAUCGUGGAAAUUUUGAUGCUUUUGAGAGUGGGUAUGAACAGCGUCGUAGAGAAGCGAAUAAGAAGUAUGAGACUUUUGACAAGCAAUUGAAAGCAGCUAGAAGAACCGGGAACAAGGCUCAACAAGAUAAGGUGAAGGACAGAGCUAAGUUUGCAGCAGCUAAGGAAUCGAAAAGCAAAAGCAAGGGAAAGGGAAAGGUUGAUGAGGAUGAGACCCAAGUAGAGGUACCACACAAGUGGAGGGACUACAGCGUGGAGUUCCACUUUCCCGAACCUACUGAACUCACACCUCCACUUCUGCAGCUUAUUGAAGUGAGCUUCAGUUACCCAAACCGAGAGGAUUUUAGACUCUCGGAUGUUGAUGUUGGCAUUGAUAUGGGGACUCGUGUUGCCAUUGUUGGGCCUAAUGGUGCUGGAAAAUCUACACUGCUGAAUCUUCUAGCUGGUGAUUUGGUUCCAAGUGAAGGUGAAGUUCGAAGAAGUCAGAAGUUGAGGAUAGGGAGAUAUUCCCAACAUUUUGUGGACCUACUAACAAUGGAUGAAACACCUGUUCAGUACCUUCUUCGUCUCCAUCCAGACCAGGAGGGGCUUAGUAAGCAAGAGGCUGUUCGUGCAAAACUUGGUAAAUAUGGGCUACCUAGUCAUAAUCAUCUUACCCCCAUUGUCAAACUAUCAGGAGGGCAGAAAGCACGGGUGGUAUUCACAUCGAUAUCCAUGUCAAGACCUCACAUUUUAUUGUUAGAUGAACCCACAAAUCAUUUGGAUAUGCAAAGUAUUGAUGCAUUGGCUGAUGCGCUGGAUGAAUUCACUGGUGGAGUUGUUCUUGUUAGUCAUGAUUCUAGAUUGAUAUCACGAGUCUGUGAUGAUGAAGAACGGAGUCAAAUAUGGGUUGUUGAAGAUGGCACUGUCAGAAAUUUCCCUGGAACAUUUGAGGAUUACAAGGAUGAUCUGCUGAAAGAGAUUAAAGCUGAAGUUGAUGAUUGAGCUUCUUCUUGUGAGAACAAUUUCCAAAUGUAUUUCUAUUAUUGUUAUACAAUUGUCCCGCCUGUAUUUUACUGCUGAUGAUUACUUGCCCACAGAUGCCAGAUUUUGCCUCUCUUCUCUCUGCCCUUCAUCUUCCACUGCACAACCAAGUGUGAUUAAUAUGUUGCGGGAAAUGUCAUCUAUGCUUUCUGUGAGACAUACAGUUUAAAAUUUAUCAAUAAUAUAUAGAAAUCUGUGGUUUAGCUUUUAUGACUAAAUUAACACUUGUAUUGUUUCAAAAAUUGUUGAUGUUGUUUCCAUUCAACAAAUCUGCCUCAUAAUUAUGUCUUUUGAUUCAAAUUUUGAAUUGCUAUAUACUUCCAUUUUGUAAUUUAUAUCUUCUAAUUUCAUAUCAAGUUGCUGUA